AUGGAUGCAACGAGAAGAAGGGAAUUCAUCAAAAUGUCCAAGCUCAGAAUCAAAUCACUUGCAAACUUAGGUAAAAACAACAAAACCAAGAAUGAUGAUCCAACAAUACGACCACCAAUAAGAUUAGGUUCUUUUAUCUACGCGGUAGAAUUGGGAAUGGGCAUAUUCGAUCCAAUUCCAUCUCAUAAAACAGUUCAUCUAGGGUUUGAUACCGCGAGUGAUCUCAUAUGGACACAAUGUGAAGGUUGCGGUAACAAUUGCUUUCGACAAGUAGACCCGUUAUAUCCCGCAAGUAAAUCUAUUACUUAUAAGGAAGUUCCUUGCCACACCGAGUGUCCUUCAGGCGCAAAGUGUGAGAACAAUAUUUGCAAGUUGGAAACCAACUAUGGAGAUGGCGCCAAAGUCGAAUCGGUUUUGGCUCAUGAAUCUUUUACCUUCGAGACUCCAACGACUCCUCGACUAGUGGAUUUUAUUCUUUUUGGUUGCGGUCUCAACAUGCAAGGUUUUCAUCAAGAUGAUGAUCCAAACAACAAAAUAAGUGGAAUAUUCGGAAUGAGUUAUGGCGCACGUAGCUUCCAUGAACAAAAAAAAACUGUGGUUAAUGGAAAAUUCCAAUAUUGCUUACAAAAGAAAGAAUAUCAAGAUUUACCACCAAUGUUACUUCGAUUUGGAGAUGAUUGUAUACAACCCGGAAAGCCUAGUGCCACCCCAAUGUUUCAACAUCAGAACAAACCUUAUUACUACUUAGAUCUUCGCGGUAUUCAGGUAAACAAAAAGGACCUUGAAAUUCCUCCUAACGCGUUUCAAAUCACACCAGACGGAAAAGGAGGAACCAUCAUCGACACAGGCACAUCCAUAAGCCUUGUUACUACUUCGGCGUACCAAGCCUUAGAAAAAGAGGUGGCAUCAUCUAUUGAAUCUAGAAACUCAAAUUUAGAGAGAUUAGAUGAUGCUUCAGCAAGGUAUGAAGGGUUCGGCCUUUGUUACAGGCGUGUACGUGAGCCUACAACCCUUAAUCUUCCUUGGAUUACUUGGAAGUUUGCAAAUAACGCGAUUUUCGUGAUGAAUUCUGAUGUAACAUUUGAAAUUUACACCAAACAUGAUGGUCAAGUCCUAGUUUGCUUGAAGAUUUUCGAAAAUAGUAUGGAAGACGGUGAUGGUAUGACCGUAUUAGGAUCUACACAACAAGUUGGUCAUCGGAUAACAUAUGAUAUUCCAAAUGGACAACUACUCGUUGCAAAUGAGGAUUGCAACAAGGGUCGUUGA